AAAAACCAAUCACCGCAGGGCUCAGAAACAUUUUGAGAAGUCGUCUGUAAACACAGUUCAGUGUGCCAGCCACAAAUUAUUAUAAAACAUUCAUGGAGCGUCUUCUGGACUGAAGAGGAGAGGGACCAUUGAUAUCAGUGCUCAGUUGAAAAGCCUGCAUGUCUGAUGGGAAUGCUGCUUGACUGUGCAAGCAACUAGCAUAUGUUGCUACCUAUGGAGCAACAUAUGCUCCCGUCCAGACGAGGUUUUUUUUCUGGGAAAUCCUUGUAUAUUUCAGCAAGACAAUGAUAAUGAUAAGCCACAUACUGCAUCUAUUCCAGCAGGAUGGAUGACUUCAUAGUAGAAGAGUCCAGGUGCUGGAUGGCCUCCCUGCAGACCAGACCUUUCGCUGACUGAAAAUAUUUUGAAUAUCUUCAAACAAGAAAUAUGACAAAAGCCAAAAUGCCCAAAUGCAACAAUGAGCAUCAAAUGGUGUCAAAACUAUGAGAAUCUAUUGGUAUUUUUAACUGAUACUUGCUCAGUUUUACUCCAAAAAUGGAGCACAAGAGCGAGUGGACGGAGAGGCUGGCAGCUACCAAAGGCAUCAAGGUUCCCCGUCGGGAUUUCCUGAAAGUCAACGUUAGAAGCACCUGCGAUGACAUCAUAAACUACGUGCUGGAGCGGGUCGCACCACCUCGUCCAGGUCUGCCCCGACCCCGAUUCUCCCUCUACCUGUCCUCCCAGCUUCAGUAUGGUGUCGUUGUGGUCUACCACCGGCAGUGUGCUAUUCUUCUGGAGGAACUUCAGUCCAUUGUGGGAAAGCUGGUUAAACAGAGAACCUCACAGAAAAUUGAUAUGGAUGACCACAGCAGACCAUCUCUGGUCCUGCCAGAUGUCCUGACUCUGCUGGAGGAGACAGACGGAGCUCCUGACCCUUUAUUUGGAGUGAUGCAGCUGCAGGAUGCCAUGCCCAGCCCCAGUACACUAAUACAGAUGAGUUGGGAGUAUCUGAGAGAAGCUUCUCCUGAGCAUCCUGAACUGAUCAGUCCAGCUGCUGCACUGGAAAGCGGUAUAACAGUGUCUCCAGAGGCUAUCACUCUGAGAGAGGCGGAGCCUGUUGGUAUCCCCGUUACAGAGUUUGAGGGUGCAGAGCUGGUUGAUGACCAUCCAGAUACUAUUGACUUCCUGAUGGCACAAACAGAUCACUUUCCAGAAGAUUUGGAGAUACCGGGAGAAAAGGUGGCGGCAGGGGAACAAGAAAAAGAGGUGGAACGGGAAGAACGAGAGGGCGACCUGGAGAAAUACGGAGCAAAGGAGCUCACAGGAUCCACUCUAGAGUUGCAGCCCACUACUCUUUCCAGUGAGGAGGCUAUUUUGUUGCCUCAGGAAGAGCCAGGCCUGCCCGCAGAGAAGCCCCCCACAGACCAGCUCACCCCCGUCCCUGUGCCCGGCCUGCCUUCUCCGCCCUCUGCAGCAAAGGAACGUGAAAGGCGUCUAAGAAGUCUGGAGUUAGAGGAUGUGGCUUCACCAGAGAUGAAGAAGAGGAAGAGGAGAAGGAGGCAGCUGGUCUUCUUUGACCCAGUGACACAGCUCUCCCAGGACGAUCUGCAGCGACAGAUCGACGACCCUUUGACCGAGACGAGGCGACCACUCCUUGCCCCGCUUUCCUUUCAAAGGAUCCUUCCUGCUGCGGAUCUCUUCAACAAGCCCUGCACCUUCUUGCCUGAAGAGGUUCAGUUUCUAUGGCGACAGAGUGCAACCAUCACACCCCUCUCAGGCUGGGACCUGCAAGUUGGGGAGCGAGGCCCCGAAUCCACUGAUUCUGAAAGGGAGAGAGAGCGUGAGAUGAUGGAGAUUCCCGAAAGAGAGCAGGUCCUCAGAGAAAUGGCAGAAACAGAGAUGCUUGAUAUUUCAGCACAGGGUACACUGCCACUGGAGGGCAGUGACCAGAGAGAAGUGUCUCGAGAGAUCUCCCCCUUAUAUCUAUCCGAAGGGUCCACUCUCUCCAGGUCUAUUUCUACACUGAGGGACAUCCCAGAGGUGUCGGACGAGUUGCCUGGGAGAGUAGCCGCAGAGUCACCUCGGUUGCUGCCAGAAUUGGCCGAGGGUGAAGUAGAGCCUCUGCUUUUUCAGUCCCUCUUGCCGCCCGAGGUCAACCGCAAAACUGUCAGCAAUGUUUUUCAGCGGCUUCUGGCAUCUUUAUCUGCCAGGAAGCUGCGUGUGGAGCAGGAUGAGCCUUAUGGUGACAUCUUCAUAUUUCGAGGCUCCAACUAUGAGGAAAUACAUCUGCCUUUGUAACAAGGAAGCAGCGAAGCAGCGCUGAGCCUCCUGAUCGGACUUGUCCCGUCUUAAAGCCAGACUGAAAACUUUGUGUUCAACAGUAUCAUAAAUACAAAGCAGUGUUUAGUGAGCGAUCAUUUCACAAGAAGGGUUUAAAAAGCAUUUUAUUGAGCUUUUAAUGCCAUUAAGUGUUGUUUUUAUAAUCGUUCCUUAGUGCUACCAGGUUUAUGAGAUUUCUGAUAAAUAUUUUAACAAUUUUUAUCGUUUUAUCUGCGAUCAAACAGAAGUGUUGUCGUUGUUGUUCUGUGCACUCAGUUGAAGUGUGCUGUGUUCUGUUGAACUGCAAAAUAAAUGAAUUUUUGUGA